GGAGCAGCACCAGUCCUUCCUGCUGUCAGUCCUCUGCGUUGCUUGUUUUUGCUUCUUUCAUGAGCGCCAGCAUGAAGUUGUCGGGGCUCCUUUUUGUGGUUUUCCUCAUCUGUAAUGACCGGUGGACUUUCGGGAUGUCUCAUCCCAAACCGGCCUGUCGUUACCCUCCAUCUCAGUGGUGUCGGUCGCUGGAAAUAGCAGUGGAAUGUAAGGUUCAGAAGCAGUGUAUGGAGCUUAAUGCUGUCAAGCCGAACCAGACUGUUGCUCCAGUAUCCUUCUCACUGUACUACGAGAGUCUGUGUCCAGACUGCAGAGUCUUCAUUACCCAGCAGUUGUUUCCCACCUGGGUGAUGCUGCAGGACAUCAUGUCUCUCACACUGGUGCCUUAUGGGAAUGCUAAGGAGGUUCUGUCAGCAAAUUCUCCCUUCAUCUGUCAGCAUGGAGCUCCUGAAUGUAGAGGAAACAUGAUUGAGGCUUGUAUGAUCCACUUGGUGGGGAACUCUCUUGCUUUUCAUAUCAUCUACUGCAUGGAGUCAUCGACAGACGUUCUCAAUGCUGCACAGCCUUGUCUCCAAGUGUACGCUCCCUCUGUGUCCUGGUCCAGUGUUGAAUCCUGUGUAAACGGACGUUUGGGCUACCAGCUGAUGCACGCCAAUGCUGUCAUGACCAGGGCACUGAACCCCGCCCACACACAUGUCCCUUGGGUCACUUUCGAUGGGGAAUACACAAAAGAAAAUGAGGCCAAGGCCAUGUCAUCACUCUUCCAUUUGGUUUGUGAACUUUACAAGGGGGUGAAACCUCCAGCCUGCACUGGAGCUUCAGUUCAACUGAGUGGAAGUUUCUGUUCACCAUGAAGUAACACGUCUGCGUCCUAAAGGAAAACUGCUAAAUGUUACAUAUCGACUCGCUGUUUACAGAAUCCUGCAGAACUUUUUGUUAUAAGCAGGAUUUUUGGGUUUAAAUGUCAACCUGGAUUAAAAGUCAUAAAUCAA